GUCGGCUCCACCCCCUGCCGCGGAUCGUGGCACACAGUCUGAGCUGCACGUAAGUGUCGCCGUUACAUUAUAACUGAUGAGGAGUUCGUUUCUUCGUCGUACUUUCUCCGAAGUGGCUGCAAACACGCAGUUUGAACGUUUUUAACCGUGUUCUUCGCUGCCAAAAAGUUUCUUCUCAGUUUGUCACCUGAAAGGUUUCUGCCGACAGCGACACUCACUCACUCACUCAGGAAACCGACAUGGCGCCGUGGGCCUCUCAUGUGAUCCUCGUUGUUGUGGCAGCAGCUGUUCUCAUCAAGACAGCGGAGGGCAAAAAGGACCAGAUGCUCUACUGUUCAGCUUGCAGGGCACUCGCCGAUGAGCUGAACUACUCCGUCAGUCAGGUGGACCCAAAAAAGACCAUUCAUGUCGGCAGUUUCAGACUCAACCCUGAUGGCAGCCUGGAAGACAAGAAGGUUCCUCUCGCCAGAUCAGAAACUCACCUAACGGAGCUUCUGGAGAACGUGUGUGACAGCAUGAAUGACUAUGCGCUCUACAUCGACCCAGACACCAAGGAGAAGAGUUACAAAAGGUUUGCUCCCCGGGAAGGGGAAGGUGGCAAUUUCCCUGAUUUUAAACAUUUUCAGUUUGACGGACCUGAUGGCUCGGAGUCCCUAAAAUUUGCAUGUGAAAAUAUCGUGGAGGAGUACGAGGACAACAUCAUCUCGCUCUUCGUCCAAGGGGUGGGCGACGUGCUUGACAUGCUGUGUGGCAAAAUAUCAGGUCACUGUAAAGGCAGUCUGUCCCCUCACUCUGAGCUAUAAUUCGACUGAGAUAUGUGGGGAAGAUAAUGAAGAAACAGAUACUAUAGUAUAAAAUACAAUACAUGAGUUUAACGUGGAUCUGCUGUGGGAGCAAAUAUACUCAACCCGUAGCUGGAAAUGAGAACGUGCUGCUUCAUUUUAAACAGCUGCUUGGUGUUUCAAUAAAUUUUAUAAUUAAAAGAACUGCAACUUG